CCCUGAGUGCCUACAUAUAGGGAUGGCUGGUCUCGUGCUAACGUGGUUUGGAUCAUGAUGAUCCCUCCAUUUGCUCCGUGGAAUAUUGGAUACUCCUUAUGUACCUAUGGCUCCAUCUUUAUCAUUAUCCUCCUUAUCUGGCAAGUGAAACGGAGUUACCAUGGAUUGAGAUUUGAACCUCAAAGGAGCUGCCACAGGUGUCACCGAAAAGUCAGGCAAAAGGCAAGAGAUGCAGGAUCAAGAGCUGGAAGAUGUUCCCAGAAAGAAACAGAGAAGCGGUGGGAUCUGCUCUCCAUCAUGAAAAGCCAGCAGUGGCUUCCCCAGCAGGAAAGUGUGAGGCAGCUCCUGUGUGCGGAUCCUUCCUGUCAAACCUGCAAUGCAGCAGCUCUGGAGAUUCAGCAAUUGCUGGAAGAUAAGACGAACCAGAUUUCCUCAACUUUAUCAGAGCCACUGCAGGGCUCUUCUUGCUUGCAGGUGACAUCCAUGUCAACUGUGUCUUCUAAGCAGGAUCUGAAACCUCAUCCUCAGCACUCCAGAGACCUUUCACUGACGUCGGCAAUUGCAGCACUAUCACAAGUGGAACAAAACUUAACCCAGGCAGUGGCCCAGACAACUAGCGCCAUCAGUGUCCAAGAAUACUUUGCUGAUCAUCUGCAUCUAGAGCAGGAAUUCCAACUGGCAAAAAUGCCAGUGGUCCAAGAGAGUAGGGCUCCUCCAAAGCUAGAGGAACCUGUGGUUCCAGAAAAUGAGGAGGAGAUGGUACAGAACAAACCUACCCUCACGCAGGGAGACCAAAGCCACCAUCACCUGAAGUGCCAGGUGUCCUUACCAUCACUGAAUCUACAAUUCCUGGAUAACUUGACACAUCCCAUGAACUUGCAUAUAGACACAGUCCUCCCUGCCCACUUGCCAUUCUUCAGGCCUAAAGUUUUGAGACUUCUUGAGGUACAUGUAAAGAAAAGGAAUCAUUACCAGAGAUGGGGUCUCCCCAGGCGUGUGGAGGACUCCCUGAGAUAUCUUAUGCCAGAACCAAUAUUGUUUAGCAAAAUUGGAAAAAAUCUACAACUUUCCUCUAUUCUGAAUAGUACUUCUAAGGUCACUUGUGACAAAAUUGGGAUCAUUGCCCAACACACCUGGGAUUCAUACAUAGAGCCCAUUCAGAGUAUCUGGGUUUCUGAGUGGUCUCUUAUAAAACCAGAACAUAAACACCAGUACCAGCAGGUCCAAAACAAUGAGACAUUGGCCUUGCCCUCUCCAACUGUUGAAGUCUUAGGUGACCUCUGUUUACCACUUGAAGGACAGGCUAAUGACUCAGGGAAUGAGCUGCAUCAGGAAGACAGGCAGCUGUUCUGUGGCCUCCCCUCUCUCCACAGUGAGUCCCUGGCUGCCACUUUCUUGAGCUGUGAAGGCCUCUCCAAGAGCAAGAACAUGUUCAAGCCCCCUUUGAAAGAGUCCCUUCUAUUCAAGGGGCUCUGUUUCCACCCUUUGCUGCCUAAAACAUCACCUGAGAUAAGCUCACUCUUUUCUACACCUUCUCCAAAUUGUGUGUCUCCAGCUGAAUGUCAACAAGCUCACAUCAGUGUCCCAUCUCUGACGCCAGCUGAAUGUGAAACCCUGGAGUGGCACCUGUUGCAGAGGCAGUUCCAGCCUCAGUGGGGCCUGCCAGCGGUCACCCAGAGGUCUCGCCAUGCCCACAGUUCUGUGCGGUCUGAGCCAUGUGACAGAGCCCAGGCUCCCGAGCCUGUGAACAUGUCCUGGCCAGGGAAACCGGUCUCAGUCCUCACCAGGAAACUGCACUUCUUCCCGGAGCAUACCCGCAGGCUGCUGGAGUUUCACUUCCAGAAGCAGCUGAUUCACCUCCGCUGGGGCCUGCCUGAGAUGAUCCAGCAGUCCUUCCAGCUGCUCCUGUCCUCUGCUGACCAGAAGACCCUGUCCCGUAGCAGCCCAACCCUACCCAACAUGAGUGCCCCCCAACCUACGGGCAAGGGGGAUGGUGACCCAUUCUCACCUCUACUGGCCCAAGUGUCCAUCCCCAUGCCACACUUGUUUUCCCAGGCCAAGGCAAAACUUCAGAGCCACAUUGACUCCAAAUGUGGGCAGAUCCACCAGGGCAAUGUCCCUUGCCGUGUGUAUAGCUCCUGGGAAGGCACAGUUCCUGGGGUCCUAGCAGUGGCUCCCUUCCCCUGCACUCCACAAGGUCAGCCCCUGGCGCUGCAGGCAGCGAGUGACCCUGACCUCCAUGACAAAGUUAUGCCCAGGAUGCCAACAGCCCUUCAUCAGCAAAAACAGGCCUCACCAGACACUGGCACUGAACACCCUAAGCUGCACCAAACCCUGUCUCAAGGAGCCAUUGAGAAACUGGAGAUGACUUUACGGCACAAGUAUCUCGCCUUCCUGUCAGGACUGCCUGCUCUUUACUCUGUAGCUCUCUCUGGAGCUAUGGCUCCAGCAAUCACUAGCUGCUCUGUAGCCGCAGCGAUGGUGCCAGGACCUGUGGAAACCCCAAAGGAGCCUCUGACUCAAAAGAUCUCACUGGAAGACCCAAGUGGGAGGCUCGGGCCAUGCUCUCAAAAUGGCAAGACUUGGGCAGACAGUGCAGAAGAUUUCCAGCCUGAGGUGCAGGUGAAAGGAAGAACACAGUCAGUGCCUCUGGAGAGCCAGACACGUCCUGGUGUCCCCUACUCAUUCAAAACACGUACCUCUAACAAGCUAAACUUCCACCUGAGAAAAAAGGCCCUGGAGAUAAAGUUGGGACUUUCCAUAAGGGCAGUGGAGGCCAGGAAACUAACUAAAGCCAGGCCAGAGAACAAGUUCUCCCAGGCAUCUCUCAGUAGUCUGAACAACCGUGGAAGCACAGUGCUCCAGCAGCCGCCCAUCCUGCCAGACUCUUCUCCUGCCCCAGACUCACAGCAGGCCCACCUUAGAGACCACCUGGCCCCUCAGCCGAAGGCUGUGCAGCACAACCCACAGUCCUCUAGACCCAAAUCAGCGUCCCCUGCUUCUACCAACUGGCCCUCCAAGAUCUCACAGCCUGUUGGGGACAUGACUGAGGCCCAGGUGCUUUGUGUUCAGGUGGAGGCCAGUGUAAACCACCCCAGCCUGGAGGAAUCCUGGAGCCCUGAGCCUCAAAACCCAGGCAAGGGCUCAGCCCAGAUCCCCAUACUGGCCGAAAAGAGGGAGGAUGUAGGGAAACCUCAAGUACCAGGAGACCUUGGAGAAGGAGAUGCAGGGCUUGGUCUCUCUUUGAUCAGUGCAGAAAGACACGCUGAUGACGCUGAUGAUGCUGAUGAAGAUCAGAAGCCAGAAGAGAUGCUUCUGGAGACAGAACCCCAAGGCUCCUCGCAACAGACCCACAGCUGUCAUCUUGUGGAUCCACAGCAAUGCAGUUCCCAGGAUCACCCUGAGUGUCAGCUCCCAGAGCCACACACAGAGGUCCCUGGGGGGAAAGAACCUGAGCAUGACAUGCAGAACCAUCAGAGCAAGUUAAAUGUCCUCCUCAAACCUGCAAAGAUCCCUGAGAACUUCCAUCCUGCAGUGGCCCGGAUUUCACAGGGCCAGCCAACUCAGCAUAAGGGCCAAAUUUUGAAAGGUCAGGUUUUUCAGAGGCAGGUGAUGCCAGCCCAUUCUCCCAAGAGGCCCAGCCUUUCAGAGUCUAGCCUGAUAAAUAAGAUGAAAUCAUCUCUGCCUUGUAUUAGUGCCAUGAAAAAAGACAAAGGGCGUAUGGACCCCAUCUUCCCUACACCUGGGAAUAUGGCCAAAACCAAAAAAGAAAAUGUGGAAAAGAGCCUGGUUCUAGCCAAAAGCCCCAUGGAGAAAACUAAGACUAAAACGCAGAUGAGGCACCCCAAGAGCCAGUCACUCCCCACAGAGAGGUCAGCGGCCCCGGCCUCACCGGAGGUUUUCCAUUCCCCCCACAAUAACCUCCGGCUCUACUCUCAACUCUGUGGAUCUGCCUCCAUCCCAGGCCACCCCCGCCACUGUCCCAGGCAUUGUCCUAGAGUGACUGGGUUCCCCCAUCAGGGUGCCCACCCACCCAAAGAAAACACCCAGAAUAUCAACUAA